CUUUCCUUCUGAGAAAAUCAGGAACUCGUUAGCGCGAACUCGAAGAAUCGAAUCGAAUCGAAUCGACAAAAGAAGAGAUCUUUCGUUAUCCUUCUGGAGAAUACUCGCAGAUUCUCACUUGGGUCGGCACGUUUAGCUGAAAAGGUCCCACCUUUCGUCUCAAUCCGUUUUUUUUGUCCUCUCUCAGACCUUGCAGUGUCGGUUACAAUGGGAAGACCCUUACUUUACGACAUCAUCGAGAAGCCCGCAACGAGCUGCAUCGUAACCCUAUGCAGCUUAAUCUGGUUCCUGAUCCAGAAGAAGAGUAUUGGUUACUCGCAAGUUGGGUUAAGCUACGAGACUGCGAUCCAAGGGCAUUACUGGAGGAUCAUCACCUCUGCUUUCUCCCACAUCAGCGUCUUGCAUCUCGUCUUCAACAUGAGUGCUCUCUGGAGCCUCGGCGUUGUUGAGCAGUUAAAGCAUUUAGGUCUCGGAACUGCUUACUAUCUUCAUUACACUCUUGUCCUUGUAGUCUUCUCCGGUGCUUUGGUGAUUGGGAUGUACCAUUUGCUGAUUGGUAGGUUCAAGAUUGAGUAUUUCAGGAGGGUUACAGCUGUGGGGUACUCUUGCGUUGUGUUUGGUUGGAUGACGAUUUUGUCUGUGAAGCAGCCUUCUUCGAAGCUUGAUCUUUUUGGGGUCUUGUCUCUUCCCAUUAGCUUUGCGCCCUUUGAGUCGCUUAUUUUCACUUCUAUUAUUGUUCCGCAAGCUAGCUUUCUGGGACAUUUGUCGGGGAUUCUUGUUGGUUACGCUGUUUCGUGGGGUUUGAUUGGUGGGAUGAACAGCUACUGGGCUGUUACCAUGCUUGGUUGGAUCGUUGUGGUGUUUGUUUUCAGUUUGAAGAAGUCUGGUGCUUAUGAUUUCAGUUUUCUUGAGAUCGAGUCGGUUAGUGAUGCUUCUUUGCCUUCGCUGCGGUUUGUUGGAAACGGACGGACCUUGCAAGCUAGUGCAGUUCCUCUUAGUGGAGUGGAAGUUCUCUGAGCUAGAGGAAGACGGACUGAGAGUUGGUAACCAAGUUAAAAGAUCCUUUAAGGCUUUACGUGAGCUGCUUCCUGUGUUAAUCAAGUUUAGUGUUGUUUUAGGCAUCAUUACAGAUGAAUAGGACAGUCUUAUGUUUGAUGUAUAGUUGCACAAAAAGGGUACCCUGUCUUACCUUAAGAUUACAUCCACUACUAGACCUUUCACAUUUAUUUUAAUUAUGAAAGCAUUGCUACAAAACAUUCUUGUUGUUUCUUUGAUAUAUUGUAUAUGUUUUUAUCA